ACGUUAUCCAAAUUGCUACAAGAAGUUUGAAGCCACAGAGCUGGGCUUUUAGUUUCAUAUAUUUUUCUGCUACCAGCUACAUUUGCUCUGCAAUGACACCUUUGCUUUCUCCAACAAAUCAAUUCUUGGAAUCCAACAUGGCACAGACGGUGUCUUUGCUGGAAUCAUGUUCAAGCAUGGAGGAACUAAAGCAGAUACACGCCCAAAUGUUUAAAACCGGCCUCGUUUCCAGUUCAAUCCCAGUUAGCAAGCUCCUCAGUUUCUGCAGUUUAUCUAGUUCUGGAAAUUUAGGAUAUGCCUGUAAAGUAUUCGACAGAUUUAGCAGUCCCAACAUUUUCAUGUGGAAUAUUAUGAUUAGAGGAUACUCAAACAGCAAUGAACCAGAAAAAGCCUUGCUCCUUUAUCAUCAAAUGCUCCGUCAUUCAGUUUCACAUAACGAAUAUACCUUUCCUUUCCUGCUCAAAGCCUGUUCUUGCCUGUCAGCUUUGGAAGAAACCCAUCAAAUCCAUGCUCACAUACUAAAACUGGGAUUUGGCUCAGAAGUCUAUGCUAUGAAUUCUCUGUUGCACGUUUACGCCAUAACGGGCAGCAUAAGAUCGGCAAACCUCCUAUUCGACCGGAUACCGGAACGAGAUAUUGUUACUUGGAACUCAAUAAUUAAAGGGUACACAAAAUAUGGUGAAAUGGAAAAGGCAAAUGAAUUUUUCAGAAGCAUGCCAGUAAAGAAUAUCAUUUCAUGGACAGCAAUGAUUUCUGGAUAUGUUAGUGCAGGUUUGAGCAAAGAAGCUUUAAACUUGUUUCAUGAAAUGCAAAGUGCUGGUGUCAAACCUGACAAAGUAACCUUGGCAAGCGCUCUUUCAGCUUGUGCACGGCUGGGAGCUUUAGAUCAAGGCAGUUGGAUUCAUACCUACAUUGAUAAGAACAGAAUUCGUAUCGAUCAAGUCUUGGGUUGUGCCCUUAUUGACAUGUAUGCAAAGUGUGGCAGCAUGGAAGAAGCACUGGAAGUUUUCAAAAGUACGGAGAAGAAAAAUGUCUCUUUAUGGACAGCGGUAAUUGAUGGUUUUGGAAUUCAUGGGCAGGGAAGGGAUGCUCUGGAUUGGUUCAUGCAAAUGCUUAAAGAAGGAAUCGAGCCAAAUGCGAUCACCUUCGUGGCCAUUUUGACUGCUUGUAGUCAUGCUGGACUAGUCAAUGAGGGAAAAUCUUUAUUCCAGAGCAUGAACACAGUAUACAAGUUGAAACCAUCGAUAGAGCAUUAUGGCUGCAUGGUCGAUCUUCUUGGCCGAGCUGGUUUACUGAAAGAAGCCAAGGAGUUAAUUGAGAGAAUGCCUCUAAGGCCAAAUGCUGUCAUUUGGGGGGCUCUACUUAAUGCUUGCCGAGUUCAUAAACAUCUCGAGUUGGGCAAACAGGUCGGAAAAUUAUUAGUUGAAGAAGACCCAGCACAUGGUGGGCGCUACAUUCACUUGGCAAGCAUUCAUGCUGCAGCAGGGGAAUGGAACCAAGCAGUAAAAGUGAGAAGGCAAAUGGAAGAUCAGGGAAUUUCAAAAAUUCCUGGUUGCAGUGUGAUAAGCCUUAAUGGAAAUGUGCACCAAUUUAUAGCUGGGGAUGGUUCACAUGAGGAUAUGAAGGAGAUUUAUCAUAUGUGGGAGCGAAUAGCGACGAGACUGAGACAAGAGGGCUAUAAACCUGCAACAGAGGAUUUGUUGCUCGAUCUUGAAGAUGAGGAGAAAGAAACAGCAAUUCAGCAGCACAGCGAAAAGCUUGCAGUAUCUUUUGGACUAAUAGGAACUAAACCAGGGGCAGUGAUUCGAAUUUUCAAGAAUUUACGGAUUUGUGAGGAUUGUCACAAAGUAGCAAAACUCAUAUCGGAUAUUUAUGAUAGAGAUAUUUUACUGCGAGAUAGAGUGCGUUUCCACCUUUUUAGAAAAGGUAAGUGUUCUUGUGGAGAUUACUGGUGAGAGAGAGUGGAAA